AUGUAUGUUAUUAGACCUCAGUCCGUUGAGCCGUCGUCCAUCAACCGAUCGGCCUCCACUUCGAAUCUCAAGACGCUCAACAGCUCCGACCCCAGAUCCGCCUCCCGACUCAAGCGACUCAACACAGAGACCAGCAUGCGGGUCAAAUCAAACCCUGAGCAGACAGUGAUCGAAGUGCUUUCCAAUCACCUUUCGGCCUUCUGUGAUGAUGAACAUCAUGCAUGCUCAAAUCUUGCUACUCAGGAUCAACGACGUCAAGGAAUACUGUCUGAGCUACGACGACAUCCCUCUGCAAGUCUAUUGCUCACUCCCGAUGAUUCCAAGUCCGGCAAUGAUGGGGAAAACAAGAAGGCAGAAACCGAAUCCAAACCCCUUGCUUAUGGUCCACCAAUUUGCGGCUACCAAGCCGAGGCUCCAGGAGAGUUGACCACCAAAGCUGGGGAGUCAUUCAAACUUAGGUCUCAUUCAAAGGGCAGAUACUACUUGGAGAGGGAAAGCAAUGUUAUCGGGUCACCUCUUUCGGGCACACAAGUCGCGUUCCAAUCGCAGCCCACCACCUGGUCUGGGGAGCUCACGAACGUGAUGCAGGGCGAGAAGGUCCGGGUGUUCACCCACAAGACCCGCUUCCACUGGGUAUACUGUCUACGCGAAUCGAGUGGCGAGCUGGUCUGGCUUCCGAAGUGGAUCCUAUCGGCGAACCUGUAG